CUAGAAUAAAAGAAAACACAAUAUUCGAAUAUAUAUCAUUGACGAAUACAAAUAAAACAAGAGUGAAGAAUCUCUAGAAAAAACUAUCACUUUUUUAUGAGGGAACUCCAACAUAAAUGCACAAUAUAAAUUUCAUCUCACAUCAAAGCAAAAAUUGCUAUGCCAAACAAAAUAAGAAAAUAUUCAAUGUGCCAAAAUUGAUAUACUAGAAAUAAGACACUCUCAUCGAUUUUAAACCCAAACUUUAGAACAUUUGCUUAAAUGAUCACCUUUCAUAUGGAAUACAAAUCAAAAUUCUUUUUCGAACAAUCUGAAUAUUUGAAAUAAACAUGUGUGAAUACAUUUCAAAGUAAUUCAUAAAACUGAUCUUUGAAUAAUUAAUAGCCAAACCUCCUCCAUCCAUUUCUUUCAGUAGAAGUGCAAACAUUUGUUGUUGCUUGAUAUAGCGUUGUACAAAGAGCCUCAAAAGUGUCACAUAUCCAUGCACUUGAGCGACCAUUAUCCCCACAAUUUUACCUCAAUCAUUAAAUAUUGGUCUUCCUAAACAGUUAUUUUCACAACUCAAUCCUGCACACUGUAUGAUGGGAACACGAGAGUGUAAAUUCUUUUCAAAGUGAAACUCUUCACCAACAAACUGCGCGAACACAUCAUCAUUCCAAAUGUGACCCAUUAUAAGAUAACGAGGCGUGAAACUCAAAGGAUCACAAGUAUAUUAUGCAAAAGUACAACUAUCAUUUAGGAAAAUGACGCUUUCAAUGCAAGGAUAUGCUACCCUACCUGUCAAAAAUGAUCCAAUAUUGUUAUGAGGAUGCCCUAUGUGAAAUAUGGUCUCCACUAAAAUAUGGAUCCAUUGAUCGCCAAGGCCAUGGAAGCAUAGCUAUUGAUCGUGACAACUUUAGGCAAAGCCAAAUCCCACUCAAGUGAUAAAAGCACCAACUUUGCAGUCUUCUUAAACACUUCUUGAUCCAGAUUAUGAAUUUUAAUUUUCAAAGAUGGAAGAUUAGUCAGAACACGAGCGCAUGUCAUCAAGAAUCCAUCAACUCCAAUGGAAACACCUGAAGCAUAUAUCACUUUCUCUUUUUUUUGAAACGAAAAGAUAUUUUUAAAACAAAAAUAGAUUUUUGUGCCUGAUGAAGUAAAUCGGAUGAUUUUGGAAUGGUUGCAGAACCUUGUAUUUAACAAAGAUACCCUGUAUAAGAAACAAUAAAGCAAUCUUUAUCUUUAUCUGUACAAAGAUAAGAGCCAAAUUGGAACAAUGUUCCUGCCUAAAAUUUGAUAUCCAAUUACACACAGUAAUGGGUCGGGUUUGGGCUUCUGCUGGCAUGGAUGGGUUUGGCGUCCUGUCUUUUUAGGGCCAGCUGUUCACAUGGAACGAUGCUUUCGAAUAGUGCCAGAUCCGUAAAAAAAGAACGAGCUCUCUCUUCUCUCCACCUAAACGGCAAAGCAUCUAGGGUUCCUCUUCCUAUGGAGGACAUAUAGCCUUCGAAUGGAACAAGGUAGGAGACGACAACGCCGACUAUCUUUUUUACCAUAGGGAUUCUGCCGGCCAUUAACGGAGGAGCUUCGACGGCCAUUAACGGAGGAGCUUCGAAGGCCAUUAAAGGAGGAGCUUUGGGCAUAAAUUGUAGGCCAGGUAUGUACAUAGCUUCAAUUGAAAAUUUUGUUUGAUUUUCCAUCUCAGCUCUAAAAGUGUUACUGAAAAAUCUAUUUUGACUGCAUCCAUUCUUUCCAUCAUCUUCUUCGGCUUUUACCUAUUAUUCAGGUUUGAAAUAGUUUUGAUUUUCUUUACAAAGUUAAUGCUUGCUUUUCGGUACCUCUUUUUCGAACUUGAACCCUGGUGGCAGUUGACAGAGCACCAUAGCCCAUUUCCUUCCAUCCAUGAGUUUAAAUUCUUUCUAAUUUUUCAGAUUCGCACAGGUAAUAUACCAAAUUGUAGCACUGCAUCAGCACUAACCUCCCUCUCCAAUUUUUUAGGAUCACUUAUGUCUACUUCCAAUUUGCAGAAUUAGUGAAUCAGGGACUGAGUUGUGUUUACGAAGUUAUAAAUGUUGUGGUUCUGUUGGAGAUGGCAGUUCAUAGGCAGAUCGAAAUACAUGACACUAUUUUCAAACCAAACAAGCAAGAUUUGGGCUUUGACUGAAGGUAAUGUUGUGUCAUGACAACUAUUAAUGGACAGUGUAAUGUAGACACAUAUCUUCCUAUAUACAAUGCUAGGAGAGAAAAAGGAACAGUGUUCCCGCCCAAAAUAUUGGGCCGGGUCACAGCCAAAUGGGCCUAUCACAUAGAGAGGCUGGAAAAUGAAGCCCAAAACUUACGUCGUACGCUAGACGCAAACUUUGCUGGAAAAAGCAAUAACUACAACUAAGUUUACCCCGUAAGCUUCCGAAAAUUAACAACAAAGCUUGCGCCGGAUUCCUCUCAGAUCUUCGCUGCUUCAACAAAGAUGUGGCGGCUGUUGUCUUCUUCGACCGGAGUCUGCCGCAAGGUUCUUCCGGAUCUAGGGUUUCAUCCAUUGGUCUCUUUGCCUUCGAGAUUAGCAGCCGGCAGUGGCAGGCUUCACAACUUCGAUCCACGCCAUGCUUCUCAAAAAAUGAGAUGGAGGAAAUUUGCUUCUCCUGUAGAAUCAAGGGAGAUUGGAGAAUAUGGUGGCUGGAUAACUUGACAAAGCUUGAGGAUGGAAGAUGGAUAUCUACUUUGCAAUGACACUGAUGGUAUAAUUUUUUAUUCAAAUAUUAUUUUUUUAUUGAAUUAAUAAUUUAAUUUUUUUUUUGAUUUCUACUAUCAUAAAUAAUACAGUAUCACUUUCAAAAGUGAUGAUUUUUUCUGCUUGCGUAUACUUUUUAGGGAAGCCUUAGGGCCCUCCUGAAGUUAUUAUAUGGCAAUUGUGCUGUCAUGGUGCGUUUGGGGCAUGACUAUGUUUAUAGCAAUUUGAGACUUUGAAUUCAAUGGGUGCGUGGUUUUGUUUGUGAACUUAGAAUUUCAUUUAAUUUUGGUCAAUUCAAUUAUGGGUGGGUCCGAAAAAUUGAAAACCGAGAACCGAAAUGAGAUCAAUCAACUUGUAGAAAGUAU